UGACUUCUUGAAAUCAGCAGAUUGGCAGUAAUAAGACUUUCAUGCUAAUCGCUGCCGUAAGUUGAUUCACGCGUCGUGUGUUGUUCAUUCAAAAUGUGCGGAAAAUAAUAUCAUUGGUGAUAUGUUAGCUGCAAGGAGUUUCGAUUCGUGUGAAACAUAAAUAAGACUGGACUGUAAAAGGCGCGUACGGAACACUUUUUUCGUUAGUUUGCUCGUUUCUUUUCCUAGUUAUUUUAAUUUUAAGCGUAUCUUUUUGCAAUAAUCCGAUAUCCCUCCGUAAAAGUCAUCUUGUCGCUGUCCCCUGUACGCUUUAGAACCGUCGUGGCCGCAUUUUUCCUUUGAAGAUUGCAGAGAAAAGUUGAGUUCUCUCGUGUGUCGUGUGUUUUCUGUAUUGCAUCGGUUGAGUUUGUCGCUUUUGGGUUUUCGCGUAGUUUAGUUCGUUCGAUAGCGAGUGGAGCAAGGUUUCAGUGGGCAAAUUGAGAUCGGAGACGAGGUCCUGACCGGCACGAGAUCAUCACAUCCAGGAUACGCGCAAGGGGCAUUGGGAGGAGCCCAAGUCGUUUCGAAGCCCGUGUGAUAGCGAAAUUGUGUAUCGGUUGGAGUAAUAAUUUAGAUUAACCAUGGAGGACGGUCAUCAAAAAACCGUCGAGGAGGCAUUAAACUUUUUCGGAACAGAUCACGAACGGGGUCUUUCAAUUGAUCAGGUUAAAAAGAAUCAAGCAAAAUACGGACCUAAUGAGCUUCCAACCGAAGAAGGAAAGUCCAUUUGGCAAUUAGUCUUAGAACAAUUUGAUGAUCUGCUUGUUAAGAUCUUGCUGUUAGCCGCUAUUAUAUCUUUUGUAUUAGCUCUUUUUGAAGAGCAUGAAGAUACAUUUACAGCGUUCGUAGAACCUUUAGUUAUUUUACUUAUUUUGAUUGCAAAUGCAGUUGUAGGUGUGUGGCAGGAAAGAAAUGCCGAAUCAGCUAUUGAAGCACUUAAAGAAUAUGAACCCGAAAUGGGUAAAGUCAUACGAGGUGACAAAUCCGGUGUACAAAAAGUUCGGGCGAAAGAAAUUGUACCCGGUGAUCUAGUUGAAGUGUCAGUCGGUGAUAAGAUUCCAGCUGAUAUCAGAUUAACAAAAAUCUAUUCCACCACAUUGAGAAUUGAUCAGUCCAUCUUGACCGGUGAAUCUGUUUCUGUGAUAAAACAUACAGAUCCUAUUCCCGAUCCACGUGCUGUGAAUCAAGACAAAAAGAAUAUUCUAUUCUCAGGUACAAAUGUAGCUGCUGGUAAGGCACGUGGUGUUGUUAUUGGCACCGGUUUGAAUACUGCCAUUGGUAAGAUCCGUACUGAAAUGUCAGAAACAGAAGAAAUUAAGACACCAUUGCAACAAAAACUUGAUGAAUUCGGUGAACAAUUGUCAAAAGUUAUUUCGAUUAUUUGCGUCGCUGUAUGGGCCAUUAAUAUUGGUCACUUCAAUGAUCCAGCUCACGGUGGCUCCUGGAUUAAAGGUGCUAUCUACUAUUUCAAGAUCGCUGUCGCGUUGGCUGUAGCUGCUAUCCCAGAAGGUCUACCAGCUGUCAUUACCACUUGUCUCGCCUUAGGUACACGCCGUAUGGCCAAGAAGAACGCUAUUGUACGUUCACUGCCGUCCGUCGAAACUCUCGGUUGUACCUCGGUCAUCUGCUCUGAUAAGACAGGAACGUUGACUACAAAUCAAAUGUCCGUUUCACGUAUGUUUGUCUUCGAUAAGAUUGAAGGUAGCGAUAGCAGCUUCCUUGAAUUCGAAAUGACCGGCUCAACCUAUGAACCAAUUGGUGAAGUUUUCUUGAACGGUUCAAAAGUUAAAGCAUCCGAUUUCGAAGUUAUGCAAGAAAUUGGCACCAUCUGCGUUAUGUGCAAUGACUCUGCAAUCGAUUUUAAUGAAUUUAAACAGGCCUUUGAAAAAGUCGGUGAAGCUACCGAGACUGCACUCAUUGUACUUGCUGAGAAAUUGAACCCGUUCAAUGUACCCAAGACUGGAUUGGAUAGGCGAUCAACAGCUAUUGUAGUACGACAAGAAAUUGAAACCAAAUGGAAGAAAGAAUUCACCUUGGAAUUCAGCAGAGAUCGUAAAUCCAUGUCUUCAUAUUGUUCCCCAACCAAACCUUCACGUCUUGGAAAUGGACCGAAAUUGUUCGUCAAGGGCGCUCCAGAAGGUGUAUUGGAACGUUGUACACACGCCCGUGUCGGAACCUCAAAGGUCCCAUUGACCAACACCUUGAAGAAUCGUAUCUUGGAUCUCACUCGUCAAUACGGUACCGGUCGUGAUACUCUCCGUUGCUUGGCUCUUGCCACCGGUGAUAAUCCAAUGAAACCUGAAGAUAUGGACUUGGGAGACUCAACCAAAUUCUACACAUAUGAAAUCAACCUAACCUUCAUCGGUGUCGUCGGUAUGUUGGAUCCCCCACGUAAGGAAGUCUUUGACUCAAUUGUUCGCUGCCGUGCAGCUGGUAUUCGUGUAAUUGUAAUCACUGGUGAUAACAAGGCUACCGCCGAAGCCAUUUGCCGACGUAUUGGUGUAUUCGGAGAGGAUGAAGAUACUACUGGCAAAUCAUUCUCUGGACGUGAAUUCGAUGAUCUAUCACCCGGCGAACAGAAGGUUGCUUGCGCCCGUGCCCGUCUCUUCUCACGCGUCGAACCUGCUCACAAAUCAAAGAUUGUUGAAUAUUUGCAAAGCAUGAAUGAAAUCUCAGCUAUGACUGGUGAUGGUGUCAACGAUGCGCCUGCAUUGAAAAAGGCUGAAAUUGGUAUUGCUAUGGGUUCGGGUACUGCUGUCGCCAAAUCUGCAUCAGAGAUGGUGUUGGCUGAUGAUAACUUCUCAUCAAUUGUAUCCGCUGUUGAAGAAGGUCGCGCUAUUUACAACAACAUGAAACAAUUCAUCCGUUAUUUGAUUUCAUCCAAUAUUGGUGAAGUCGUAUCUAUUUUCUUGACUGCUGCCCUUGGUCUUCCAGAAGCUUUGAUUCCAGUACAACUGUUGUGGGUCAACUUGGUCACUGACGGUUUGCCAGCUACAGCUUUAGGUUUCAAUCCACCAGAUUUAGAUAUCAUGCAAAAACCACCACGUAAGUCUGAUGAAGGUUUGAUCUCAGGCUGGUUGUUCUUCCGUUAUUUGGCUAUCGGUGGUUAUGUCGGCGCUGCUACAGUCGGUGCAGCUGCCUGGUGGUUCUUGUUCUGCGAGACUGGCCCACAAAUGUCAUACUGGCAACUUACCCAUCACUUGUCGUGCUUGCCUGGUAACGAGGACUUCAAGGGUGUCGACUGCAAACUUUUCAAUGAUCCACAUCCAAUGACAAUGGCUCUUUCUGUACUGGUAACAAUUGAAAUGUUGAACGCAAUGAACAGCUUAUCAGAAAAUCAGUCGUUGAUUACGAUGCCACCAUGGUCAAAUAUGUGGCUUAUUGGUUCCAUGGCUCUCUCCUUCACACUUCAUUUCGUCAUUCUCCAUGUAGAAGUCCUCGCGACUGUCUUCCAAGUGACACCGCUUUCAGUUGACGAAUGGAUGACGGUUAUGAAGUUCUCAAUUCCUGUUGUGCUACUCGACGAGACGCUCAAAUUCGUCGCCCGAAAGAUCGCAGAUGGUGAGAAAAUCUUGUAUUCAAUGCACGGGAUUAUUGUAAUGUGGGCGGUGUUUUUUGGUUUGCUCUAUUGGCAUAUAUUUUAAAAACAAACCCUUAAUUUUUUGAUUAAUUAAUAUAUAAUACCUAUCUCAAUUAAGAGAGAACGUUUUUGAGUGUCUCUUCCCCCUCUUUAGUCCAAAUAACUAGUGUUAUUUUUAAUUAUUGUAUUUUUAGUAAUUUAAUACAGAUACGAAAGAAAAAAAUAAUUAUUAUUUAAUAAAAAUAAUAAUAAAUAAAAUCCAAAAAAAAAAACUUGAAAAAGAUGAUAAUUAAAUUUGUAAAAAUGGACACACAACACACCCGAUUUGUAAAAAGCGAAAGAGAAAAUGAGAAAAAAAUCUUAAAAUGCGGAGACCAUUACAUGAGAAGAUCAGAACUUAAUAAUUCUUAAUAAUUUAAUGUGGUGAUGAUGAUAAUGAUGAUGAAAAUGCAAUAAUGAAAAGAGAAGGAAAUAAAGUAAAACAAAAGUCAAAUAAAAUGCGUACAAAGAAUUGUUCGAACACAAACCUCCAUAAUAUGUGUUGAAAAUCUUGACAUGAUGACAAUGAUAUGAUUGAACAUGGACAUGCAUUUGUUUUUAAAAAAUGAAAAAAAUCGAAAAACGAA